AUUUGUAAAAUCGGAUGCAUCGGCGAGUCGCUGUUGGGCGCCGUCCGUCCGUCCGGCAUGUCUUCUUUACAGCGGGUUAGGAAUAAUAUUGUAUAGUCCAUUGAAACGUUACAGAAAAGGCCAGACACGAAGUAAAAGAGUGUAUGAGAGGGCAAGGGGAUGUUGACAUAUCCCUCUGACUUGCUCCCUCAGAUUUAUUUUCCAAUGGAUGAAGAUGCAAUUCCCUCAAUCCCUGUCUGUAGUGCACCUGUCUGUACUGAACCUCCACCACCUCUCCUUCCCCUUUCCUCCAUCACUCCCAGCUUUGCCAGUGAUGGACUGUCUGGACACAGAAGGAGUGGUCGAAAUCAGGGGACCAGAACCCAAACUCCCAAAAAGCAGGAUAACGCAGACAGCCAAGCCGUCCAGAGACCAUCCCGACAAAAUCCGUCCCUCACAAAGAGACAAAGGGAGAAUGCACUCAUGGUUCAGGAGUCAAAGCAGCCCAGAGUUGAAAUUGUACACGAGGAAACAAACAAGGAAGGAUUUGGUGCCGGUUUUACUGCUGAGCAACAGAAUCUUUUUUCUUGCAGGCAGCUUGACUCCAAAGGCCUGCAGAAGGAAAACAACGUCUCAUCUGAGGAGACCGUAGUUGACCCAUUUGAAGAAAAGACUCAAGAAAAUCGUGAUGCAGCCGAAGUGGAAAUGGACCUGUGUGGAGAGCUGGUUUCUGAGGGUGUGGGGGGCCAUGCCGCGGCCCCAACGGGUUGGGUGAUCGGGCCGCUGUUUCAGUCGCUGAAAUCAAAGAUGGCCAGCUUUACAGACAUAGUUAUGACUCCGGUUAAACUCUUCAGAGCCAACAGCCCCCCGCUGCCCACAGACCAUUUGGAGGCGCUCGAUGACUGUGAGCUACAGGCCGACGAAACACCACAACCACACCGACAAAACGAGAACGAGAAUCAGAGCGUUCCAACCAAUCAGGAGAGCCUCUCCAGCCACGAAGCUGAGAAGAGAGCAGCAAGGAAAUAUUCCAAAAGACUGGACUUCAGAGAGCCGUCCACGCAGCGGCCUGAGCAGGCUCUUGAAUGUGCAGUAAAUCAGAUGGAACAAGUGUUACCUGAUUUAGUGCCUUCUCCACUCAACCCCUCCCCCCCUCUGGUGUCUGAGCAGGUUUCUGAAUCUUUUGCGCCAAAUGUAAGUUCCUCCAGAGCCCUGGGGCCCUCCGCCACAGUAAGUGCCUCGCGGGAGUCCAAGGUAAAGAAAAAGUUCAAGAAUGGGUCGGAAUCAAAGAAGUUUGACUCCAAGCCUCCAGCCUCUGAGGAUCAGAUCAGUGACCAGCGGCCUUCUCAGAAGAACUCGGUUCGGUCAAACAAUCUUUUGACCGACUCGAACCAAACGCUGUCUUUGUCCUCUGCGGCCUGCGACGGCCAGCCCGAUGCAGUCGGCCUUCGGCCUCUUGCCACAAACGCAGAGGGUUUCCCGGUUGUUGAGCAAAGCCUGGGGACUAACGGGCCAAACCCCCCGCAGCUGAAGUGGCAUCAGAGCUCCGACGCGUGUCCGGCCUCGGGUUUGGUGAGAGCUAAGAGGGGGCUGAAACUCAAUUCUGAUCUCCAGGACUCGGCAAAGAGAACAAGAACGGCAGCUUUUUCACAGCUAAAUGAAACGCAAAGCCUUGUGUCGUUAAGCGCAGCUUCGGAGGGCGAGGCGCCGCGGGCAGCGAGGAGAACCGCCGGGCCUCUGAAUGCCGGCUCAGACCGGAAAGAAAAGUGUAAAAAGGACGUGUUAAGAAAAGUGAGCAGGAAAGGAAAGGGCACAGAAGAAACGCCUGGUAGGGGAAAUGAAGCGGUGACAAUCACUCCAAAUGACAGCUGCCCUGACCCAGAUUUGGCUAGCAGUCUGCCAGAGGACGCCUCAAAGGGCGGCAGAGCGAAGCCCAGUGGCUCCUUCAAAGCCCUCAGUAGCCUUCAUGCAAACACAGAUAACUGCAUGGAUCUAGAAACAACGGUAGCCAUCCGCUCUGCCAAACAAGCUGAGGAAAAGCCCUUUUCAGAAGUCCUUAUCCGUCCUGAAAUUAAGCAGCUCCAGUCAACAAGCAAGGUCAGGAAUACGAGCAAGAAACCACUAAAGAGGAAAUCGCCAAAUCACACGAGUCCAGUGACUGAGUGGGACAGCAGUGUGGAGUCUACCUCAUCAGUUAGAGCGUCUGAAGCUACCCCUGCCGGUCUCACCAGCUCUGAGCACGCUCACAAAGGGAAAACCUUAACCAGAGGACCGGGCCAGUCCACCAAGAGACCCAAAAACGGUCUCGUUAGGGCCGUUGGGUCCACCGAAACUCAAGGAACGAAACAGGGUUUGAACAACUGUCAUUUCACAACCAAAGAAAGCCAGUUGAAAAGUGUCCGAGGCAAAUGCUCUGUGGACCCUGUGUAUUUUGAAAUGACGCCGUUCGAACUUAACCCCCAGCCCCUCCCACCCACCUUCCCACCGGGUUCAGACUCCCCCGUAUGGUUAGGCAGUCAGGAUCAGCGGACAGAAGAGAAGGAAGAGAAAUCCGCCUCUUUGACCGGCGAGACGUUUCUGACAGACUCUGAAAUGAGCAAAAGAACCAGCAGAUCGAGCACGCGGCCCAUUAACGCGAGGCAAAGGAGGGCCGAUAACCCGAGGAGGAGGAGUCGAGUUUUCCACCUCAGGCCCCAAAAAGCCCCCGAGGAGAUGCCGAAGUCCGUCUCCCUGGAGGACGCCGACCUGGCCGCGUCGCAGCUUUCCGGGGAGCGCUGCUCCCGGCGCCUCCUGCGCAGCUACUCCUGCCCCGAGAUCCCCACCCUGCUCCCCGCCGACACGCCCUGGGCCCCAUCGCACCCGGGCAGGACGCACCGCCACCAUGACCACUACCUCCACCCCCUCCACCACCACCUGCACCACCACCACAGCGCGUUUGAGUCUCACGCCCAGAGGACGGCGCGGCGGGCCCGCCGCCACACGGUGUGCAGCGUGGAGGUGGAGAGGGAGAUCGCCCCGCUGUGCCUCCGGAAGGAGGUGUACCCGUCCCGGAGGCCCGCCCCCUUCGACCCCCUGGCCCAGCACAUGGCCCCCACCCACACGCACUCCCCCAGCACCUACCUGUCCGCCCUGGCCUCCUGCUUCCUGUCCAGCCCCCUGGCUUUCCUCUCGAAGAAAGUCGACGGCAAAGCGGCCCCCUCCGGUCCCGGCGCCCCCGGCAACGCGAGCGCCCCCCCCUCCUGCUCCUCGCCGUCCGCGCUGAGCUCGUCCAAUCGGCACCCUCCGGUCUCCGGAGCAGGAACGGACCCCAGCGCCACCAUGGACUGCAGCAGCAGCGCGGACCAAUCCCAGCGGGAGGCCGAGAGCAGACAGCAGAGCGAGGAGGAGGACGACGGCGAGGACACCAGCUCCUCCAGCCCCGAGUUUGAAGAUGCGGGCCUGAGAGAGGAGAAGGCUCUGUCUGACUCCGAGAUCAAGGUGGUGCGAAAGCACGAAGAACGAGGAAAAGUGUCUUCCAUCAGAAUUCGGAAAACUUUGCCCAAACGGCCGACCAACCUGACCCCCAUGGGUCUGCCCAAACCCGUCAGGCUGAAAAAGAAGGAGUUUAGUUUGGAGGAGAUUUACACCAACAAGAAUUUCAGCAAGCCCCCAGAAAGCCGGCUGGAAACCAUCUUCGAGGUGCCGCUCAGUCGCAAAAACGGCUCGGAGUCCUGGUUCGGCCAGAGGCGUGUCAAACGUUUUUUGGAGUUCUUGGAAGUCGGGGAAUCCAGAAAGCCAAAGAAACCCCUCGUCGGAGUUGGAAAAGCAGGUAUUUCCUCCUCCAGGACGAGACGGGGAGGCUUCCCUAAAGACGAGGCGCCUCUGGCCGCUCAGGACGUGGACUCUCUGCUCUGCUCCAAGCUGGACCAGCUGAGCCUGUGGCUGAUGCACGAUCAGAGAGACAGCUGACGCCGCGAGCAGACGCUGCUGCUCCCGUAACUCUGUCGGUCAGGUGUGUGUGUGUGUGUGUGUG